UAAACCUGCGCAGCUGCUUGUUAGCAGCUAACUGGUUACGCAGCAUCGUCUUUAGGCAGCUAAUCAAACAUCGGACCAAAGCCUAAAAACACCCUAGAUUACUUUUCCUUUUAUGAAAAUGAACGUUUCCCGCUGACUUCAGCGGACGGUGCUCGGUUGAACAACAGUGAGACGCGGAUGUUACCGUUAAAGAUUUAGUUUUGUUAGCAGCCGCAUUUCCCAUUUUUGGCCGAACUAGCUAAGGAGCUAACCGAAGAUAGCCUGUUAGCGUCUGUUGAUGGCGGAGCUGCGGAGCCGAUUUUAAAGAAAGCCGACUGACUUCAGUGGGAGUCACAUAAUCAGUCAACCCCCCUCAUUUCCAGGAUGACGUCCCAUCAGAGAAACUCGGUCCAGAUCCUGUCCAGCAGGGAGCGGGGGUCCCAGAACUUUGGCUCUCAGAGGCUCCUGCAGCUGCUAGUGGAGGAGAAGGUCCGCUGGAUGAAAUGGCAGAGUCAGAAAGUGGAGCUCCCAGAUAGCCCUCGCUCAACGUUCCUGCUGGCCUUCAGUCCUGACAGGACUCUCAUGGCCUCCACCCACGUCAACCACAACAUUUAUAUAACAGAGGUGAAGACUGGCAAGUGCCUCCAUUCUUUAGUGGGCCACCGUAGAACCCCCUGGUGUGUGACCUUUCACCCCACUAUUCCUGGCUUGGUGGCCUCUGGGUGCCUUGAUGGGGAGGUCCGGAUCUGGGACCUGCAUGGUGGGAGUGAAAGCUGGUAUACUGAGAGCAACGUGGCAAUUGCUUCACUGGCCUUCCACCCAACUGCUCAGCUGCUGCUGAUUGCGACCAACAAUGAGCUGCACUUCUGGGAUUGGAGCCGACCAGAACCCUUUGCUGUGGUGAAGACGGGCAGCGACACUGAGAGAGUCAGGUUGGUGAGAUUUGAUCCUCUGGGUCACAACCUGCUCACAGCGAUCGUGAACCCAUCUAGUCAGCAGAAUGAGGAGGAGUCUGAGGUUCCCAUGGACAGCGUGGAGAUGCCACACUUCCGACAGCGCUCCUUCCUGCCUUCCCAGCCAGUCCGCAGAACUCCCAUCCUUCAUAACUUUCUCCACAUCUUGUCGUCUCGUGCGCCGAGUUCUCAGAGCGGAGGCGAGCAUCCGCGGGCUCUUGGUGAAAACACAGGUAGUAUUGGAGAAUCUCCCAGUAUGCCUCUUGCCCAUUACCCUGGCUCUGAGCAUGGGCCCUCAUACCCUGGUUGCACUCAGCACCUGGGUAUGCUGUGCCUGUGCAGUCGCUGCUCCGUCAGCCGUAACCCUUCUCUGGCUGCUGGUGCUUCCACAUUAACUCCGUCUGACUCCAUGGUAUCGUCCGAUGUUCCAACGCUCUCCACAGCUUCCACCUUUUCCUCGGCCCGUACGGAACCCAGACAACCAUCAGAACGCCCCUCAGCUUUCACCUCAGUCUAUUACAGCGCCAGCACCUCUCUCAAUUCCGUCAUUCCAAGUGCGCUUGACUCACAUCCUGCGCCCAGGCCCGGACCUGAAUGGACCAGAAGCCUGCUGAGCAUGAGGGACAGUGGGGUAAAUCCAGCCAUGCUGCCUCCCAGGACCUCCUCAUCAUCCUCAGUCAGUCUUCUGUCAGUUCUUCGUCAACAGGAUGGCUCCUCUCACUCUCCCGUUUACACCUCUGCUACCGAGGGUCGAGGUUUCCCCCAACAAGGAGAGUCUGGGACCAGAGAUGCUGCUGGCACGAGCAGUGGCCAUCACCCCUUCUGGGACGGCUCGCGCAGCAACUCGGCGUCUUUCCGCAAUGUGCUGCAGUGCAACCUGAGCCGGUACUUCCUGGAGAUAGACCGCACUAACAUCGACCCAACACUAGGGGGCAGCCUGGCAGACGGCAGCCAGGAGCCCAGCCGAGAGUUGCUGAACAACAACAUGGACCCAGGCAGACCGAGUCAAUCUUCUUCCACUUCCUCUCCAACUAUCAUCCAUUACCAGCCUCCUCUCCCUCCUCCUCCCUCUGCCUCCCACAGCCUGGAGAACAACGCUCCUCCUCCUGCCUCCCGAGGCCACCUGAACCGCUGCCGAGCCUGCCACAACCUCCUGACCUUCAAUCAUGACUCCCAGCGCUGGGAGCGCACCAAUCAGGCCUCCUCCACCUCUGCUUCUGUUCCAGAGCCGCCCUCCUCCUCCUCCUCCUUUCCUUCAUCUGCAUCUUCUUGGCAGCCGGAGGAAACGAGGAGGACACUGGAAGCUCAAAACCAGGAUCUGAGGGUGUCUACAGAGCCCAGCGAGCAAACGCCCCCACCACCUCCUUCUCUUCCUCCUCCAAUAGGAGGAGCAGGAACUGUGGCCUUCCCCAUAGCCCCACCCCCAAGCCAGUCUGGCGAGCAGACAGUGGGCUUGGUGUACAACCAGGACACCGCACAGUGGGAAAGGGUGUACCGGCAGGCUGCUACUAGCCGAUCUAUUGAGACCCCCGAGGCCUUAAGCCAAGAAAUGCCUGUUGACCCCCCUGAUGAGGACUCCUUGAGGAGGCGACUGUUGGAAUCGUCUCUCUUAUCCUUGUCUCGCUACGACAUGUCCGGAUCAAGAGACCACCCCAUUUAUCCCGACCCAGCCAGACUUUCUCCUGCAGCCUACUACGCUCAGAGGAUGAUUCAAUAUCUGUCGAGGCGAGACAGCAUUCGCCAGCGCUCGCUGCGGUACCAACAGAACCGCCUGAGGGCCAUGUCCACAUCCUCCGAUAGCCCGAUAAGCAACCCGACCAAUUCCAUAGACAACAGUGAUGUGGACUUUGAGGAAGUGGAUGAUAACGGCGAACGAGCGAGACACCGGACGCCUCGAAACGCCAGGAUGUCCGCACCCUCACUGGGCCGCUUCGUCCCUCGACGUUUUCUCCUCCCAGAGUAUCUGCCCUACGCUGGAAUCUUCCAUGAGCGAGGGCAGCCAGGGCUCGCCACACACUCCUCUGUCAACAGAGUGCUUGCUGGAGCUUCAAUCGGAGACGGUCAGUCUGCAGUCGCCAGCAACAUCGCCAACACCACCUACCGGCUGCAGUGGUGGGACUUUACCAAGUUCGACCUUCCUGAGAUUAGCAACGCCUCCAUCAACGUUCUGGUGCCAAACUGUAAGAUCUAUAAUGACGCCAGCUGUGACAUCUCCUCUGACGGUCAGCUGCUGGCGGUCUUCAUUCCCAGCAGCCAACGGGGUUUUCCUGAUGAGGGCAUCCUGGCCAUCUACUCGCUGGCUCCACACAACCUGGGAGAGAUACUCUACACCAAGAGAUUCGGUACCGUUUCCUUUGAUGCUUCCGCUUCCUGCUGCUCUGUUGACUUUUCACUUGGCUUUGAUGAAAUUGCCUCCUCAGGUCCAAACGCCAUCUCCGUCAGCUUGUCUCCGUUGGGCUGCUAUGUGAUGGUGGGUCUGGCCUCUCGCAGGAUCCUACUGCAUCCCUCCACCGAUCACAUGGUGGCACAGGUCUUCAGGCUGCAGCAGCCGCAUGGAGGGGAGACGUCCAUGAGGAUGGUCUUCAGCGUGGUUUACCCCAUGGCUCCGGACCAGAGGCGCCAUGUCAGCAUCAACUCAGCUCGCUGGCUGCCGGAUCCAGCCAUGGGUCUGGCAUACGGCACCAACAAAGGAGACCUGGUCAUCUGUCGGCCUGUGUUUUAUCGAAGUGAUGGGGAGAGUCCUGCAGAGCCGAGCAGUGAGCCGUUGUUCUCCGUUAACAACAGUGGAACUGGACGGACCCGAGGUUCUGAGCGAGCAGGACCAAGUCGCUCAGGCUGGAGGCUGGACAGAGACAUGGGACUGAUGAAUGCCAUUGGUCUUCAGCCAAGAAACCCCACCCCCUCAGUGACAUCACAGGGAACCCAGACUCCAAUCAUCCAGCUGCAGAAUGCUGAGACACAGACAGAGAGGGACCUGUCAGAGCCCAGUGUGUCCCAGCUGCCUCUGACAGUGACUCCUGAAGCUCCAUCUACGAGUCGAGCAGCUCUGGGUCCACCUGAGAGCAUCAGAGGUCAUGACGGCGUCCAGACCGAGGACGCUGCAGCAGCUGGUUCUGGUCCAGCUGAGUCAGUGGACUUCGUCUCAGGUGAGGAUGCUCUGACACGGAUCCGCCGACUCAUCGCAGAGGGCGGCAUGACGGCGGUGGUUCAGAGGGAGCAGAGCACCACCAUGGCCUCCAUGGGCGGCUUCGGGAACAACAUCAUAGUCAGCCACCGGAUCCACCGUGGUUCCCAGACCGGCUCCGGGGCCUCCAGGCCUGUGACUGACCCCUCCUCGCAGCCCCUUUUUGUAGACCCGCCCUACCCCAGUCGCCCCCCCCAGGCUGUGGCCCCUCCUGAGCAGCUCACACCCAUGUGGGGCCCCCAGGUGCUGCGCGAGCCCCAGGUGGACAUGGACGAUGUGUUUGAUGGAGGACGAACAGACGAUGACUCCCUGCCGGGUCCUUCCUCUUCCUCACUGCUGCUGUCUUCCCCCUCCUCCUCCUCCUCCUCCCACAGCCCUCUCCCUCACUCUGAGGGUGGGCUGAACAGUUACCAUGGCGACCCGUACAGCAGGUAGUAUCCUCAGUGACUGAGAAGAGCAGAGUCCAGGGAUCUGCUCGACCCUUGAUGCUCAGAAGUUGGUGCUACUUAUCCCCCACCCCCCCACCCCCUACCCCAGCGCACUUAUAAAUCUGAGCUAAGACGUUACCACGAUCAUUCCUCGUCAGAGACACGCCUCCUUCCUUGUUUGUCCACUUUCAUUUUUGACAUAUGAGUGCCAUCUGGGAGGGGGGGGGGGACAUCUAACCUAGGGCAGCGUGCUGGUGGGCGGGGCUCCGGUCCACUAAGGGACAGCGUGGGACGUCCCACUGGAGGACAGCAAUCACUGAGACUGACGGGACAGAAGCGAGUGAAUCUGAUGUGGGUUGGGGGGGGGGGGGGGGGCAUAAUCUACUCCCCUCCCCCCCAUUGCACUACAGUGUGUUUGGUGCUACACAAAGCCUGAACAGGUGUGCGUGUGUGUGUGUGUGUGUGUGUGUGUGUGAGAGAGAGAACAUGUUUUAAUGAAUGAUGUCAUCAUGUGAACACAACUGUAUAAAACUUCUGAUCCA